AUGAACGCGAACCAGGCGUCGCAGUCGCCGCCGCCGCCGCCGCCCUCCUCCUCCGACGAGGACCGCGAAAACAUGCUAAUCCUGACACCGGCGUCCACCAGCGUAUCCGACGAAGGCGGGGGUGAGCGGGAACGGAAUGGUGGCAGCAGCAAUAACAAGCUCGACGGCGGCAGCAGUGAUAUUGGCGACAACGAGCAUGAACGCAGCAAUGAUAAUGACCGUGACGAGACCAGUAGCGACCGAGGAGGAGGAGGAGGAGGAUGUGGAGGAGAAGCAGGAUGUGGGAGUAGUGUUAGUGGAGGUGAUCUCGGCGACGAAGAGGGCGGCAACCACUACAGCAGUAAUAAUGGCAAUGAAUGCGGCGGCGGUGGUGGUGGUAGUGCUGGCGUGAUGAUGGAUGGGAGUGCGUCUACAAUCACGGCAACAAACACAAAUACAAAGUUCGACUGGAGCACAUCUGCUGCAUAUGGACGACGUCAGGGCCUUCUUUCACAGGUCGGGAGCUUGAGCAAGGAGCUUACAGAGCUCAAAGCAAUGAUUGCACGGAGCACCUCCGCCAACAACAGCAUUUCAGAAGAGCAGGCAGAAGACCUGUCGCGAGUCAAAGCGAACCACCGCUCAUCACUCGCAUCGCUCGCCGAGUCACACCGAAACGAGAUGUCGACCCUCGCCAGCGCCCACCAGGAGGAGCUCAAGCAGCUCGAAAAGACGCAUCUAGAGGACAUGAGGAAUGCCCGACGGGGCUUUGGCUUUAGCAACGAUCUUGUCCAAGGCCUGCAUCAGAGCUACGCGAAGCAGAUCGAAUCAUUGGUCCUCGAUCUGGGCGAGGUGAGACGGCAGCUCAAGGACGCCGAGGCAUUGGCAUCGCAUCCACGGGCUGCUACGCCUCCGGCAGAUACUAACCACUCUCCAUCUAGGAUACUAGAUGUAGUUAUUGAGUUUGAAGAUCUCGACAAGGCUUUUUCGGUGGCAGAGUUGUCGAUCCCACACCCAGGAAGGUCUUACAAAGCGGUGAGUGAACACCUUAGCCAUGCGGUCAAAAACUAUUUGCAGGCUCUCAACUCGGCUGCGGAGUUCUUUGCGUCUGGAUCAAAAUCCACGGAAGCGAGGAGGAUCAGGCAGUGGAAUCAGGCUGUUUCGGGCAACAGGCUGCGGAUGAGGUUUCUGGAUGGCGAGGGUAUGGAGGAACUGUGGGAGAGCGAGCUGUGGAGGAAUGACAACUUCACAUUGAGAGUGAACUGCGAGGCAGAGUUUUGGGACAGCGUCCCGGUAUUCAAUGAUGAAGAAUUUGUAGAACAGCACCACCACCAACCGCUAAAGGCGACAAGCACAGGGACAGGGACAAUACGGUCUAGGGAGCCGUUGGGACUGGCAUCGGAUGAGCAGCUCGUGCAGGUCGAUACAACAAGCACAGUUGGUGCUUUCAAUGCUACUGUGGUGCUGGAAAGGAUUAACAGGGCACUUGGUGGGUUGGAAAUUAACGAAGACCUUCGCAAUGCGGAAGAGGAUGAUGAGAACAAAGAAAACAUCGAGCGUCCGAUGCCCAAACGACAUGUAAUGGUUGAGGAUGUAACGGAUGAGGAGGAUCACUACAAAGACGACCCUGAGGAUGAAGGUGUCGGCCUAGCGAUUUCUUCGUCGCCUGUACCGGCAACGCCCCUCGAGAAGGAGCCGCUUUUGCCUGGAAAUAGUGCGAGGAGAAGUGCGGCCAAUACCAAACCACUCAGUGACGACAGCUUCCUGGAAAAUCUAUUAGGAACCGAGCAGGAGAGAGAGAGAGAGCGGGAAGAGGGCAAGAGAACUGGCGGUUCCAGUGGCUCGGAUUCAUGGCUGUUUGAUGAGCUGUUUUCACCUUUACCUGCCGACAAGGGGAAGGGUAAAGAGAAAAUAGUUGGACUGUUUGAAGAUCGAGCACAGGGCCCCGAGAACCAGAUGGACCAUCUCAGCGGUGGCAAGCCAGGGUGGAAAUGGAUGCUAGCCGAUGGAAUUGUAAAGAGUCCAUCAGUUUUGCAGCAUGCUCCUUCUGAUACUCAUGCGCUGAAAAUGGCGCCGCAGUAUUUUAGAGACGGACCUAGUGGGCCUUGGCUAGAGAAUCUCCGAGAGGAGGAAGAAGAUGACAAGAUUGGGAGCGAUUGUGACCAGCCUGUAUUCUCGGAAGGAGGUGAUCCGUUGCCAGAGAAGAAAGACAGACCCUUCUUUUCAUUUUCCGAAGAGGUUGCGAGUUCUCCAGCGCCACCUCCAGCACCUCCGGCUCCUGAGCCCCGGAAGACGAGCGGUCUUUCACCGUACUUAAGAACUGAUGUUGAAAGCUCGGUCGAAGGUGCACGACUCGAUGAUGAAGAUUCAGAUAUCGAUGAUAACCAGCCUAGGGACGGUGUAGAUGUCGAGAACCCGUUUGCAGAUCUGAAGCCCGGUCAGUGUGAUACCCCGGUCAUGGGAACAUCGAGGAGUGCUGCCUCAACCACACCUCUUCUCCGCGAUGGCAGCCCAGCUCCUCGACAGAAUCGUGGUGGCCCCUCCCUGAAGAUUCAGACUGAUACACAAAGGCCUCUACGGACCCUUGGUGACCCGUUUGUUCCGUUGCCAAAGCCUCCCCCUAAGUUUAACCUCAGUCAUCACAAGCCCCCGCAGCGAUACAGGAAUAACUACGAAUUUCAGACUGUGGAUAGGGACGACGAUGAAACAACGUUUACUAGAUAUGAAGACACGGCUUCCGAGAUUUCGGGCACCACGGCCGACGGUGAAUGGGAAGCCAAAUACCGAGGGAAACGCGGCCGUGGGAAGGUUCCGGAUGUUUAUUGGCAUGAAAAGUCACCAGGCGGGAACGAGUCGUUCCGAAGCAGAUCACGCUCACCGCCCCAACAGCCACCAAGCAGGCCUUCAACCACAACAACAGACAGGAAUUUAGAUUAUGUCCUCCCCCCACAGAUAUACCAGCAGCCACCUAUAGGGUUGCCUAGUAGCAGUGGAGGAGGAAACAUUGGCCCUAUUCGUUAUGGUAGUGUUGGGGGUAUGCGCUCAAUGGGGCCGCUUGGGCCAGGAAAUCAUAGUAUGCCAGCAGGAUAUGUAACUUCACAGCAGCAAACUCAACAGCAGCAGGCACAGCAAGCGCAGCAGCAGGCACAGCAACAGGCUCAGGCACAGGCUCAAGCUCAGGCUCAGGUGGAUAUGUUCCAGCAGAUGAAGCUCAACGAGCUUAUGAAUGCAACUUACCUUCAACGCCCAAUUUCUAGUGGACCGUCUUCAUUUCUUGGAGGAGGCCCCGUGUAUGCGCCUAAUCCACCGCUAAAUUCAGCUGCAACCUUUACUGGCGGUGUGCCGGUUAGACCAGCAUUUAUGACUAUGGGUAACGCUGAACAGAGAUUGGCAAGCGAAGGAGGGGGCGCAUGGCCAAUGAGGCCGAUGUUGAUGCAGCCGCACAUGAACCCACAGACAGCCCAUUUGUGGGCUUCAAACGGUGAGGGCAGAAGGAGUUAUAGCACUGAUUCUUCCGGUCCGCUUUUGGGAUUGCGAAAUCCGGAGAGUUUAGGUCUCUUGCAGCAACAUCAACAGCAAGUUGCAGCGCAGCAGCAUGCACAAGCACAAGCGCAGGCACAGGCACAGGCACAGGCACAGGCACAGGCACAGGCACAGGCACAGGCACAGGCACAGGCACAGGCACAGGCACAGGCACAGGCACAACAUCAACAUGCUGCCCAGCAGCAGGCUCAGCAACAAGCGCAGCAGCAGCAAAACAUGAUUCCCGGGUCGCUGAUGUCAUCUCAACAGGGUACACGCCCCCCUUCGACUAUGAGCAUGGGUCUUGAACAGGCAGCGUAUGGGAGUGCAUCGGGAUUGGGAACGGCUCCUUGGGCGGCAGCUUUAGCGAAUGCAUAUGGGCAACCAGGGACACCGGCAAGCGCACAUACCUUAACCCCUACGUGGUUUGCGUUGCAGCAAGCCCAUGGCCAGCAGAGCGCCGGUACGCCAGGAGGGUUUGAUGGCAUGUGGGCAGGGACCCCAAUAGCGGGCAUGCCAGCACAUUGGGGUGGCAACUUUGGCACAUGA